AUGCGAGCGACCAUAACGCAAGCCGGACGCGCCCCCGCUCGCAAUCACCGCGGUCGACGAAACCUGCUGCUGCGCCUCCCCGUGUGUCAGGUCGAUUGCUACAAGCCCGUAACGGUGUACCAGACGAUCCUCCGGUCACUGAGUGACGCGCGCUACCUGGUUGACAAGGCGCUGCUCAAGACCCUCGCACACAGGAAGCCUGUGCUGCUGGAGGUCUGCAGGGACGUCGCUCUGCUGCCCCACCCUUCCUUCGGCCGCCGCGGCGAGCCGCUCGAUGGUUUGGCCCGCCCUGUGCGCGACUGCAACGAGGGGAGCCUCGCGGCGGCGGCGGCGGCGAUCGCGGGGUGGCUGGCAGAGAAGAAGCGGCCCCUGAUCGUGGUCGGGCGGCGCGCAAGGCACUACGGUGACCAGGUGCUGCGGUUUGCAGAGGCCAGCUGCUACGCGGUGACUGUGGUGGCGGACGGCAAGGGGCUGUUCCCGGAGGACCACCCCCAGUUCAUAGGCGUCUACUUCAAGGGCUUCUCUGACCCGGCCUCAAUUGCCGAGACUGUCGCCGCCUCCGACGCCCUGGUGUUCAUAGGUGUCCACUUCCACGAGUUCAACUGGCCCAGCGUCCCGGACAACGCCACCCACGAGAGGAGCGUGAUCCUCUACAAGAGCCGCGCCGUGCUCGGCCUCACGCGAGCCUUCACGACGGUGCCCACCUCGCGACUCCUGCCCGCGCUCGCGGCCCAGGUGGUGCCCAACCCGGGGGCCUACGCCUACUUCAAGUCGCGGCCGUCCCUGCCCCCCCAGCUGCCGCCCAACGGCCCCGAGUUCACCGCCCCAGACGACGCCCCCCUCAAGACACAGCAGGUAUACGACCUGGUAGAGUCGCUGGUGUCCACCCCAGGGUAUGACCUCAUCGUUGACACUGGCGACGCCCUGUGGCGGGCGGGGCGCCUCAGGCUCGCGGCGGGGACGUCAUACGAGUGCCAGUUCCUGGCCGGCAACAUCGGGCCUGCGCUGCCCUGUGGCCUGGGCUUCUCCCUGGGCGCCGCCACCAAGACCGGCAACAGGACCGUCAUCAUCAUUGGCGACGGCGGCCUGCAGAUGACCGCGCAGGAGAUCGGCACGUUCUCGCGCUUCGGGUCAAACGCGGUCGUGGUCGUGGUCAACAACGAUGGAUACGUGGUGGAGCGGUACCUGAGCCCCAUCAUACACGCAUCCUACAACUAUGUGAACCGCUGGGACUACGCCGCCGUCGCCGCCGCCAUGUGCAACGGCCACGGGCGCUACAAGGUGCUGCGCGCCACCUCGCUGGAGGAGGCCGAGGCGGCGUUCGGGGAGGCGCGGGCCCUCACGGACCACUUUGUGUUUUUGGAGAUGGUGGUAUCGCCCAAGGACGCGGCCCCAUCCGCGGGCGCCAUGCGGCGCGCGUUCGCGGGCGCCUUCUUCUCGCCCUUCCCCCUUUACAAGAAGCGGCUCGAGGCUGAGCUCGGGCAGGACUUCGUCCGCCACUCCGCCGGCGUCGCGGCAAAGCGCACCAUGAGCGAGUCCCUGUCGGAGGCCUUCGCCGCCGCCGCCAUCUCCCCCCGCACCAGCCUCGACGAUCUGCUGCCGCGGCCGCCGCUCAACGGCGGCGGCGGCGCGGGGGUGGGACGGGAGGGGGGGCCUGGGAUGCCGACGAUAGACUCUGUCGGGAGCCUGGCGGGCCUGACGGCGUCGGGAUCGCGCGAGGACAUCAAUGGGGCGGCCGAGGCCAACGGCAGCAGCUGCGAGAGUAACGGGGACGCGUGCGGUGCGGCCGGGAACGGCCUGUCUCACGCGUCCGCGUGA